ACCCCGCCUUCCCGCGGGCUGCAGCCGGGAGCACUUGAAGCAACAUCAGACAACACGUUCAGCAGGAAGAGCAACUGCGAAAUCGGCUCUCGCCUGUUGAAUGUUAAAAUAACACAAAAAACCCCCUUGGAUUAACCAAAAUCUGAAGACUACCUGGACAUUUAAAUCAGUGAGUUUAAUGAUCUCGAUCACUGCCGGAAUAAAACCUGACCUUUAACCAGGAGACGGAUAGGAAAGAAAAGUAGGAGCCGUGUUUUCAGGUGAGAAUGAUUACCAUUCGAGAGGUGGUCACAGGGCAAAAUGAAGAAAAUGAAGAAGAGGAAAAGGAAGAAAAGAUGACAGAGGAUGAGGAGCCCAGAGCAUGCAGUGUGUGUGGAGAUCUGGCUAAGGGUUACCACUUCAAUGCCUUGACAUGCGAGGGCUGCAAGGGCUUCUUCAGACGUGCCAUAAAGAGGUCGACGCAGCCCCGCUGUCCUUUCCUGAAUAAGUGCAUUAUAACCAAAAACAACCGCCGGUCAUGUCAAGCCUGCCGCUUCCAAAAAUGCCAGUCCAUUGGCAUGCGCAAAGAAAUGGUCAUGUCUGAGAAGGAGGUAUUGGAGAGGAGGAUCCGAAUCAAGAAGAAAAAGAUGCGUAGUGCACAAUUGCAGCUUUCGUCCCAACAGGAAGAAACCAUUCAGGAGCUGCUCUGUAGCCACCACUGCACAUUUGACACAGCAUUUUCCCGCUUCAGUGGCUUUAGGCCUAUGGAUAGAAAGAUAAUCCCGGUGAGUGAAUACAACCGUUCUACAAGCAAGACUGCUAACCCACUGACCAACUGUCCUACAAACACCUGCACUACAUUUAAUAAAUCUGCCACAGACCCCAGAGUAUCCUUGUGUGCUGGCUCCCUCUCCUCCUCCUUCAGUCUCUCUGAUUUUGUUGAGGACCAAGAGGGCGAAGAGGUCAGAAAAAGCAGCGUUUUUACUGCUCUUCCUCAUGUGACUGACCUCACCACUUACAUGAUCCAGGACAUCAUUAGUUUCUCCAAAAACCUUAAGAUCUUCGGAUCUUUAACCAUGGCGGACCAAAUCGCUCUGUUAAAGGGAGCUAUGUUUGAAAUGAUGCAGAUUCGCUUUAACAUGGUGUUCAAUGUAAAAACAAGCAUCUGGGAAUGUGGUCAUAUGACAUACUGCAUAGACGACGCUGUACGAGCGGGUUUCCAGCCACUCCUGCUUGAGCCUCUUUUCAAAUUACACCAUACACUACGCAAACUGGGCCUGCAGGAGGAGGAAUAUGUUCUCAUGCAAGCCAUGUCCCUCUUUUCUCCAGAUCGCCCAGGUGUGCAGCAACAUAGUGUGAUUGAUGAUGUACAUGAAAACUUGGCACUUACACUAAAAACCUGGAUCGACUGCAAGAGAACGGGCCCAGAAAAACACUUGCUCUACCCUAAAGUGAUGGCCUGUCUCACAGAGAUGAGGACGAUGACUGAGGAGUACAGCAAACAGAUUCUGCAGAUUCAGGAUAUCCAGCCUGAUGAUAUCUCUCCUCUCAUGAUGGAGAUGGUCAGUAAAAACCUGUGUACUGACUUCUAAUACAGACAUGUACUGCACAUGGACACUCUGGGACUACCUCUGUUAUGUAAUAACGGAGACCCCAAACUGAAAACCAGUCGAAUGUACUCAUAAUGAUUCAAAGAAAAGUAUUCUAUUGUGUACUAAAGAAUGCACUUCUGUCAUGUAAUAGUCUUCAGCAUUGAUCGCAUGACUGUUCACCUCACAGUCCUGCUCAAAUCUUAACUAGUUCCCUGAACACUACCUGUCAAUCAAUGAAACCAUCCAAAGUAUAGCACUAAGUUCGAUCAACUGGUUACAGUAAGGAUGAUCAUUUAUGUUACCUGUUUUUCUUGCAGUAAGUAUAUAUUGUGUUUUUCAGAAUGAAUGUUGACUUAAAGUUGGGAUGUUUAAUGUUUUAUUUGAAUGUUGCGCACAGAACUGUGAGAGACAGUGAAGUAUGUAUGAAAACAGCUGUACCUGAAAAUACACUUAUAUUUGUUACCUCAGGUUGUGUUCAGUUUUGUGUUUUAGUGUCAUGGUGUACAACAAAAAUGCUCUAAAUCUAUGGUAAAUAAACCUGACAAAACUG